AUGGAGAGAAGUUGUUUCCUCUUCUCAAUCACCUUCUUGCUGGUGCUGCAACUGCAGUACAGUUCUCUAGGCACAGUAGGUGCAGCACAAACCAACAUCACCACGGACCAGUCUGCUCUUCUUGCUCUGAAAGCCCAUGUCACUAGUGACCCUCACAACAUCUUGGUCAAUUGGUCAACGACCACCUCCGUUUGCAAUUGGGCGGGCGUUGUUUGUGGUGCUCGUCACCUCAGAGUAGCAUCAUUGAAUCUCUCGUCCAUGGAUCUCACAGGCACCAUUCCACCAUACUUAGGCAACCUCUCAUUUCUUGUUGAGCUGGAUUUAAGAAACAACAGUUUUCAUGACACCCUGCCCCAUGAAUUGUCUUAUUUGCGUCGCCUCAAGUUUAUUAGCUUCAAAUUCAACAAUUUUAUGGGAUAUAUUCCAUCGUGGUUUGGGUCCUUCCCCAAACUUCAAAGUAUCAAUUUGCGUGGCAAUCAGUUUUCAGGUUCUAUACCCACGACUAUUUUCAACUUAUCUACAUUGCAAGUACUUGAUCUAAGGGUUAACAUACUAUCAGGUGCAAUACCUAGAGAAAUAGGGAACUUAACAAUGUUGAAGACGAUAAAUCUUGACUCCAACAAUUUCAAUGAAAUUCCAAAAGAGAUUGGCUUUUUACAUCAGCUGGAGACGUUGUAUGUGCAGCGUAAUGCCCUCAAAGGCCCUGUUCCUGUGGUUGUUUUCAAUAUGUCUUGUUUGACUACGUUGGCUCUAGCUGUAAACAGUUUGAGUGGUGGUCUUCCAGACAAUAUAUGCCAACAUCUUCCUAGUCUUCAACACUUGAGUUUGGCUGGCAACCAGUUUGAUGGUCCACUUCCAUCCAAAUUAUGGCAAUGCAGAGAGCUUCUUAGACUUUAUUUGGGGGAAAACAAUUUCAGUGGAAGCAUACCAAAGAAUAUUGGGAACUUAACAAUGAUAAAGGAGAUAUCCCUCUUCUCCAACAAUUUGACGGGCACUAUUCCAUGGUCCUCAAUAUUCAAUAUCUCCACCCUCAUAGAACUGUCGCUUUCUUUUAAUCAGCUAUCGGGUAGCCUCCAAGCAAACUUAGGUCUUGGGCUUCCAAACCUACAAGAGCUUUAUUUAUCAGCAAAUGACCUUAGCGGAGUAAUCCCAAACCUAUCCAAUGCUUCUAUGCUCACGGGGCUUGAUUUGGGGCAAAACUCAUUUACAGGGUUUAUUCCUAGCACGUUAUGUGCCUUAACAAACCUUCAGUCGCUUAAGUUAUUCAUGAAUAAUUUGACGAUUGAUACUUCCACUCUCUCUUGUUUGGCUAAUCUUGGAAAUUUGACAUUAUUAUCCUUGACAGCUAAUCCGUUAAAUGCCAGACUUGAUGAUUCCUUUCGGAAUUGCUCUACAUCGUCGCUUCAAUAUCUUUAUUUAUUCAAUUGCAGCAUGAGGGGUAACAUUCCCAUUGUGUCUUUCAACAGGCUCCAAGGAGAAAUUCCAACUGGUGGACCGUUCCAAAAUUUCUCCGCUCAAUCAUUUGUCUCAAACAAAGCACUCUGUGGUGCAGCCCGACUACAAGUUCCACCAUGCAAAAAUGGUACACUUGAACCAAAUUGGAGGAAAGCUAAAUAUAUCAUCCCAGGGAUCGUAUCAGUAAUUCUCUUUGUGGCCUCUGUAUCUAUCUUUGUACGAUGCAGGAAAAGGAAUGUGGAAGUUGCAGGAAAGGCUACCUCGUUGCCUCAACUUCUUUGGAGAAGAGUUUCACAUCUAGAACUUCUAAGGGGCACAAAUGGAUUUAAUGAAAACAACCUACUUGGAAGUGGGGGUUUUGGUUCAGUAUAUAAAGGGACACUUUCAGAUGGAAUAGAUGUUGCAGUAAAGGUUUUCAGUUUACAGCUAGAAGGGGCUUUCAAGAGUUUUGAUAGGGAAUGUGAAAUUCUAAGCAAUAUUCGUCAUCGAAACCUUAUUUGUUGCAUUGAAAUUGAUUUCAAAGCCUUGGUAUUGAAUUACAUGCCAAAUGGGAGCCUUGAGAAGUGGUUGUACUCCCAAAGCUCUUCUCUGAAUAUCUUACAGAGGUUGAACAUAAUGAUAGAUGCUGCAUCUGCACUGGAAUACCUACACCAUGGUUAUUCAAUACCUAUUGUGCACUGUGAUAUGAAGCCAAGCAAUAUACUACUGGAUGAUGAUAUGGUUGCACAUGUUGCUGAUUUUGGAAUUGCAAAACUCUCGGGUGGAGGAGAUUCUAUUACCCAAACCAUGACUCUAGCCACUGUUGGGUAUAUGGCUCCAGGUGAUGUACUU